UGGUAAAAAGACGUCAAGGUUGCUGUCAAGGCGUUUUAUAAUGAAAGAAUGAAACAUGAAUGAAACCUGAAAAUUGAGACAAAAAUUAACAAUUAUUCAACAUGCUAUGCGCCUUGUAUUCAAUAAAAAAUUAUCCACAAUAUUUUAAAAAUGUGAAGACAAUUGUCUGACCUAGCCAUUUCAGAUGUACGUUGAUGUGAGAUGUGUAUUUACUACACGUUUUAAAACACAAUACAUCUCAAAUGUGUUCCUGCAGAGCAAUGCCCACUCAAAUAGAAUGUUAUAUGGACGAACUGAUCGACUGCUUCGAAGACUUUGUGAAGAAGUCCCUCAUUGUCAUAUCGGUUGGGAUAGCGGCUAUCGUUGGCUUGCUUUUGUAUUUGCUGAAAGUGGUCUCGUAUCGCCCUCCAAGCAAUAUCAUUACUGAGAGUGCAGCCAAUGAUAAUAAUAAUAAUCAGACCGGAAGUAUGGGUUUGGAAGAGACCAAAAACCAAAAACGCCUUUUUAACUUUAAAUUACUACAGAAAAAAAGUUCGCGCCAAGGAAGCAACACCUCCCUCAGUAAAGGAAGCUCAACAAAAAUUGUUACUGAUGUAAAUACUGUUUCGGGUCACAUAAAUACAUCGCCCUUGACGAAAAAGCUAAGCUUUGAUGAAAAAGUUUUAAGAGACGUCGGUCUAACUUCAUGUUCAAAACUCCACACUUGUGAAAGGACUAACAGCCAUAGCUAUAUACCGUGCAGGGUUCCUGUCUCCUCCAAGUCUCCAACAAAUCGUAAAUCUGAUCACGCUAUUCGAUCCACUCAAAGUAAAAAUUAUAUACCUGCACCGUUGCCAAUUUGCCCAAAAAGCCCUAAGAAAGGCUCCUGUUGUUCAAUUUGCUGCGAGGAUCAACCAUUAUCAUAGAAAAUCUAAUAAACAAUUAACAUAGAAAUUAAUGCAAAAAUAUAUUUGAGCUAGCACUACGUCCAAAACCUAGUUUUAUUAAAUGUCAUGAACUUAAACAAACUAUUGUGUCUUGGCGUGACGUGAUUGGCGUACUCUGUCGUGGCUUGGCACGUUGACGCUCGAGGUGCACUCUGAUUGGUCGAUUGUUAUCAUUAAUCACGACACCCGACAGAUUGCGACACAUUACAACACAGUAGUAUGUUUGCACCUUUAUGAUUAAAAAUUGCAGUCGAAUUCUUAUAAGGGUCAUAGCACACACGAUCUCUUAGCAUCAACGACGGGCGUUUUAGUUGUGUUUCGGAAGCUCGAUGUCACGAUUGAACGUUCGAAUGCCAAUGCACACCUACAAUUUCUAUAGUCGCAGCGAUCAUGUCUGAUUUGCACGAGUUCGAUACGAUAAAACGCGUAAUUUUUGUACGGCGAUCGAACGCAGAAAUUUGUCAAAACGCGAUGCAGUCGUGAAAUCGCUUAUCGGAAAUGCUACAAGAAUCGUAACUAUGUGCUAGGGCCCUUAGGUGGGUCUCUUUAUCGAUCAUCUGUUUGGUACAGAGGUAUGAGUAGCUUAUAUCCCGUACAAAAUCCUAAAGGAUAGAGUCCCCUUAGGAUUUUCACAAAACCUAAAUCCACCCGAACGAAGUCGUUGACUUGAUCUAAAAGAAGAAACCCAAUUUUGUCGAUUCAUUUAUAUGCCUACAUAUACCUACCUACCUAUUAUAUAAUGAGGCGCAUAGAAUGUUGUAGGUACACAUUGUGCUUUGUUUGUGUCAAAAUUCGACCUAAAUUGUGUAAUUCGAAAAUAAAUACACUGUUACCUGAA